CCAUAAUAAAUGACAGACCUGGACCAUUCAUUCAUUAUCAUAUCACCUUGGUUUGCUUGUCGGCCAAUCUGAAACACAACAAAAUACUCUGCAAGGCUCGAGACCUCCUCAUUUCACCCGGGUCUUCUGACUCGAAUCUUCAUCCCCAGAGCGUAGCUCACUUCGAUGCAGCUCAAGUUCUCCUGAGAAGUUGCAAGCACCAAUGGCGUUGUCUCAGAGCAACAUCAAAUGGACACAGGUCCCGCUCGAUCACUCCCUCAGUGAUGGGGACAAGGAGACUUGGCCGAAGGAUCCAAACUAUCACCGUCCGGAUGAUAGCUUGUAUAGGGAGAAAACCGCGAAGAUGUGGAUGCUCAAGAGAAAUGAGUAUGAGCCUGGAGAGAACUACAUCCUCGAGAGGCUUCCUGAAGGCUACGCUCUCUUUGAUAAGCCGCGUCCGUCUGACAGCACGAUCCGUGACAAAUAUCUCUGGGGACACCCUUCAGGGGCGUACUUCAACUCUCCGAAUAGAUUCUUCCCCCACUUUUACUGGUUUAUCACUGGGAAGCAGGGCGACUGCGGGUGUGAUCUUUGCAUAAACCAACGGAAAAGAGAAUCCCAGGGUUCGAAGAUGAAAGGCAAGGAAAAGGAGACCGAGCCGGCCAAGGGCCGCUCUUUGGGGGAGGGAUAUCUCCCGGGCUACUCCCGUUCUCGCGGGACCCCUGUUGACCCAGAAGGUAAUCCGGAUGUCUGGAAGAUGGCCGUACAGACGCUCAAAGAAAAGGGAGGCGAACCGGUCGAUCUCAAGAUCAAGGAGAUGGAUAACAUCGAAUGGAGGGUCUUGAAGAAGCACCUCCCGCCCUACCUUGAAGCUCUUGACGUCCAGCCUUCCUGGAUCCCUCGUGCGGGCGAGCUGGUUAUGUGGAUCCCCCAUCUCCAGGGAGAGCUUCGUUACAACGAGGAGAAGGGUGUUAUCCAGAUGUAUGAUCCUGAAAAGGAUGAGUGGCUUGGUACCCCUGAAUGGAGGGCCGGCACCGUCGGACAGGUCCCCGAAACGGAUCCCGUCAAGAUGCAGGACAUCGAGAAGCCAACCAAGAAGGAAUGGGAGGUCAACUACUCCGGAUUCCGCAUCGAGACUUUCCCUGACCCGAACUCGCUCGACAAGGACCACUCCCUUCAGUACAGAUAUGUCCACUUGAACUCGAUCAAGCCGUUCAACUACUACCAUUUCUGCCUUAGCGGAAUCCCUAACACCGAAUGGCACGUCUCCAUCGUCUUCGCUCUCACUGUCAUGUCCUCUUUCAGUCUCCUUGGAAAGAAUGCUUUCCAGGGUAACUGGCCUAACGCGUCUAUCUACUGUUGCGGCAUCUGGAUCGGAGCGGAGCUCUACGUGGUCGGUGACGUUGUCCGUCUCAAGCCCAGGGGCUACAGCCUUGACAACCCCGUGGGAGAAGUCACCGAUGUCUUGGUUAUUACCGACAUUCGCAUGGAUUUGAAUAACUGCAUCGACGAUCCCAAGUCACCCCUACUCUGUGAGAAGCACACCGUGCGCCUCGACGGUAGAAUGUACACUCUUUCCCCUGAACGUGCAUACCGUCCACCGGGCGAGACUGGUCCCCCUAAGCCACUCAGUGAAGAAGAGAUCGUCCAAGUCUUCAAAGACGUCGGAAUGGCUGGGUGGGGAAACUGGUACCACCAGCACGAUCCGAACCUGGAGUCUGAAAUCUCGCAGGACAUGGUGAUCGGCCGUCUCUUCAACCCCGAAGCGCUCAAGCUUUACAUGCGGACCGACCAGCUGGAACCCGCCCAUCUCGGACUUGACCUCUUCAGCGUCGUCUACGCUCGCUGGUUUUCCCGCCAGCGCGAUGACCGCAUCCCCGAAGGCAAGGACUGGUUCUGGGGCGACUACCGCACCCAGAGCCUGGCAAUCGAUUCCCUUAACGGCGAUGAUGUCGGUAAAUACAGCGCUGCCCGUCUCCCCAAGAUGUGGCGCGCCAUCCUCAAAUGUCUCGACGGGAACUACAACAAGAACGAUCUUCGCGACGCCAUGAUCCCAAUGGAACGUGGACGUCCAGCUGCUGCCAACUCUUCCAGGUCCAGCUUUGCGGAGGUCGGCAAGACCAGCAGCCUCGUCAGUCGCGGUCUUGGCGGUUACCUCGACUCCUCCGACGAUGACGAUGACGACGACGACGAUGAUGAUUCUGAAGACUCCAAAGAGGAUGACGACUCUGACGAAGAUGAGGACGACGAUGAAGACUCCAUCGCUGACUCCCAGAACGGUAACGCCUUGGGUGAUAUCCCCUUCGCGUAAAACCUCUUCUCAUCCCCUUUUCUUUUUCUCGCUCUCUCUAACGACUUGACGAUUGAGACGAACGUUGCUGUUCUUUAUUCCUUUUUUUUUACUAUUGCUUGUAUCUUUAAUAUCCCACUGAAUAGGGCCAUGGUAUGAUACCAUAUGAUAAAACAUCCCUGGAGUUUGGUCGGUUGGUUGCUCUCAGUCGGUUACAAAAAAACCCAGCUACUUAGCUACGAGCUAGUUUCACUUGAAAUUGUUGUUGCAUUUACUAUUAACACUGCAUUUUUAUCCCCCCAGGCCAAAAAAACAAAUUCAUGUAUGUACUGUACAAUAAUAGAGUAUUAAAUUGACCAGAUCAGGAUUUCUUCUUUCCCACGCAUUCGACUUGGCUUAUAUAUAUAUAUAUAUAUAUAUAUAUAUAUCUCGCUCAAAUAAUAUAUAUAACGACAAAUAACAGCAGUACCAAAAACUCCCCUGAUAUCAAAACAAA